GGUCUUGGCGAAUGGUGAAUUCGAGCCCUCCAGCCUUCAAGGUUGCGCCAGGCUUUACCCCCGAACAUCAUCUCCAAUUGACCGCUCCAUUCUUAACCCCAACACUUCAUUCCACUGGCUGGGGAGGGCAGGUAGCUUGUUCGUCUCAAGGAUCUUGUCCACCUCCCUUUCACCUACGGGGCUAGCGCUGAGCCGCUCCUCUGGAGAUACGUUUCCUCGUCCCUCCUCUAGAACUGCCCCUGUAUUCUUCAUCUUUUGUAUUUUGUUGCUUGCCCGUCUCGACUAGUCCGUUUAGAAAUGCCUAGUAUGAAUCUAUCCUUUGAUCCUCUCUGGCCGCGUGCGCUAAUCCUCAUACUGCAGUUCGUAGCCUUGAUGUCUGGGCCACGUCCCAUAACAAGUCACAGACACUUCCGCUCUCUGUCCUCAGGGACACCACUAUCGGGAUCGAAGCGGACCAUUAUCUCCUCCGAUUGCUUACCACUUCUCCAUCAAAGGAGCCUCUAGUUACUGCGCUAGGAGGGUUUCCUUUCGGCCUGAGAUAUGCGGUAGAGGGGGACAUUGAAGAUUUCCAGAAAGCUGGGAUUAAACCCGUCUUUGUUUUUUCAGGCUUAAAAAUUGUGCGCAACGAGAAACCGUUCGGUGUUAAUGAUGACGGGCCGGCAAAAAGAUCGCAAGCAUGGGAUCUCUAUGAUCAGGGUCUGGCGAGUGAGGCUGUUGAGGCUUUCGGUGCAGCUGGUGAGAGAACCCGCGGUGCUCAUUGGUACUCUUGUUCUGCACAAUACUUACGAACUUCCAGGAACUCUGCAACCACACGAGGUUUAUAAAUAUUUCAUAAAAAUUCUGCAUGAGUGCGCGGUAGACUUUCAGGUUGCUCCUUACUCGGCAUGGCCUCAGGUACCAUAUCAAGGUCUCAUUCAAAACUUAACCUUGCGGUCCUCUAAUGCUCUGCCUAGCUAGUUUACCUCGAAAAAAACGGAUUCGUUGAUUCCAUUUGUGGGAACUCCGAGCUUUUCUUUUUCGAUGUUGAGAAGGUUAUUGUGCACCUCACUCCAGGACAGUCCGGUUCCUUCACCUGGCUUAACAAGCAGAGACUCCUCUCGGACCUCCAGUUGACAAACGACAUGUUCAUUGAUGCUUGUAUGCUUGCGGGGUCUGAAGUAUGUCGCGCAUUUCCGCCCUUCGAGGGCUCUCCCCACAACGCCUUCAUGAGCUCAGUAGAAUUGCUUAAACGAUGUCGGAAUGUCGCCACUGUUGUCAGCACCCAUCCGGAGCCGAUCCAGCAGUCAGGGUAUUUGGAUAGGUACCGAAAAGCCAGAGCUGCCGUAAAGCACCACGCUAUAUUCACCUCUGAUGGCAAGGCAGAGCCAUUAGAUUUUACUGAGGCGCCUUCGGACGUGCACGAAUUCAUUGGGCAAAGACUUCCCGAAGAACUCUACUAUUAUCUAUCAAAAGGGGUUAUUGGGCCCCAAGUUCUAGAUAUGCUAGCGACAGGAGAGCUCAUUGAAAUUGCGCCGUUCGACAAUGGUGAUUCCGACGAAUAUAAAAAAUUCUUGGAAAACCUAAACCCUCUGCGCACACAGGCCUUGGGUUUGCUGGCACAUCCACUGCAUCGGUUUUGGCAUAACAAGGAGAUCAAUGUUUACUAUUGGUUUGACAAGAACAAGCCAAGAAAAUUGAUCCACAAAGAGGUGUCUGUCUCGCCUGCAGAACAAACAAGAAAAUGGAAUGUCAGGGAGUCGGUUUUCAAGCCAGAAUUGGAAAAAUAUGGGGUAUGGCUAUUCCUUCAUACCCUUAGAUGGCAGCCUUAUGAUAGAGGCGCUUAAAGCUAAUCGGCGAUUAUAGAGUUCGAUAGGCCUUGCCUUUGCGAUAUCUUCUUUGAAAUCAGACUCUUUUGCCGCAAAAACAAUUGCACCGAAAGAUGAAGUAAAGGUGGGCGACCCAAUUCACUGAGAACUCCUCAAAAAACUAACAGUCAUUGUAGCUUUUGGACACCGGGGACGAAAUCCUCAUGAAUACUCACUGGCGCAUGCUACAACUCCGAGGUUUUAUUGGCAGCGAGAAUCACUCUCUUACCCCCUGGGGACGCGCUCUUGAGGCAGCCAUAUCAACACUUGACCCAGGCGACAAUCUGGAUGAGCCGGUAUAUCUUGGGAUUGAGCUUCUGCGCUUAAAGGUUCUCAAACCCGAUAAUUUUUCACCUUCCCUAUCAGGUGCACCAACUAGAGGUACAGGUGAUUUUCCUAAUAUCCAUGUCAUCUUGGGCCAUCGUUACUACCCUACAAGAGCUAACCUCCAAGAUCAAUAUGGAUAGAAGACGAGAGGACAUAUAUCAUGCUUAUCUCUCGCGUUGCCAGCCUUGUGCCUAUCAGCCACAAGCCCAUCGGCUACACCGGCCCUCUCAGCAGAAACCUUCUUGGUUUCAAUUCCUUCAUUACAAAGUUCACGAGGACCAUGCGGAGUUUUGCUGAGAUGACACUCGUCAAUCUAUUAAUGAACGGUGACGCAGACAGGGGCAAGCGAACCGAUUGGACCGAGUUAGGUCUCGGGUAGGUUUUUUCAGUUCCUCCUUGGUCACACGUUGUGUAUAGCGUAUAGACUAAUUGCCUGCUCAUACCAGCAUCCCAUUUAUCGACGAAGUGAGUGCCGGAUUGGGAAUUGCGGCCAAAACUUACCUCGAUGAACUCUCGAACGAGACUGGCCCUAUUCCUGAGGUGACGAGGCGCACUCAGAAGGAAAAACUCCCCUUAAUGUUCGCCCAGGCAGUCGACAUUGAAGCAGAUGUUGACCUAGCUUUUAGAACCUGGGACGCGGUAAAUACUCCUUUCCCUGGUUACCAAGGGGGGUACGCGGUGUUGACUUAAAUCAGGUUAUCGCCGCAGUCAAGUCCCUCCAAAAGGAGAACCAGUUGGCUAGUGAAGCCGAAGUUUUCCUCGCAGCCGACAAAUGGCUGGCCGGAAGGAGAUAGUUUCGUUUCAUAAUAUAAUACAAGCUCCCGUGCAACAACAAGGGACUCAGUGGGGUGAUUUCACUGAGCAUGUAUUAAUCCGAAAUAACCAGCCAGCCUCUGGAUCUGUGAUAUAUUACAGGCUAUGGAUACAAAAAAACGGGAUGAAGUCCUUGCCUUGACGAGAGUUUCCAGUAACAAAAAUACAAAAGAAAUACAGAUUCCAGUGCUUUAUUGUCCAAAAGUGAACUCACUGUAGUAUUAUGUAUGAUAUAGCAACUUACUCCCGGCAAUGUGGAACGUACCGUACGCCAGGCCAAACAGCUACCAAUAGGGAGGUUCAAAGCUCUCAGUACGCUACGAACCGAGUACACAAUAUACCCCGCAAAAACAGGCGUACUAGUAUACUGCAUCCCUCCUCCCAAGGAGGUUUGCUGUGUACAGGUACCAUAAUAUCCAAAAAAAACGCACCUCUACCGAACCACCUGUACAGUACCUUCCGUGUACCGAGAGCUUUGAACCUCCCUAAUCAUAACCACCCUCCCGCCCAGCUAGUGUCCAAGUGCCCGCUGUACCCAAGUACGGUAGCCCAUAUUUGCCAUAAUAUAUCCUCAGAAACCAAAUCACUCAAAAUCCGCCAGGGCCCCUACACCACUGCGCCUAUACCUAUACUCGAGCACAGUAUGAUACACCAACGGGAAGC